AUGGGCUUCGAUCAGCGACUAAUGUGCUGUGUUGUCGACGAGUUGGCGGAGAGUAGACCAGAGCAGCUCUUCUGCGUACAAUCUGUUUCUUCCGAUUUAUCCCAAGGUUGGCGAAAUGUGUCCAUGAGAGACCUCGCCGGUGCCGUGGAUUACACGGCCUGGUGGAUUGAGAUGGCAAUUGGAAAAGGCUUUGACGGUGAGCCCCUGGCUUAUAUUGGAGCCAAUGACAUCCGCUAUGUGGCUUUCUAUUUGGCUUGCAUGAAGACUGGCUAUGCGGCGUUGUUGCCAUCUCCAAGAAAUUCAAUCGUGGCCACGUCGCACGUUCUAGGUGCCACCAAAUGUUCAAAGAUUGUCUAUAGUGCUGAGAGACACAAAAUCGCCGAAGAAAUACGGGACAAUGUACAAGGAGUCCGAUUGUUUGAGAUACCGAGCCUCUGGGAGGUAUUCGGUGAACAGGCUGCGCCUUACCCUUUCAACGGGACUUUCUAUGAUUUGCAAAAUAAAUCAUGCAUUAUCAUCCAUAGUUCUGGAACCACCGGUCUCCCUAAGCCGGUAUAUCUGACAAACGGAUUCUUCAGCGUUAUUGACAAUAUUCACAGGAUACCAACUCCGCAUGGCAGACUGAACAAGUCGAUCAGCUCAGUAGCGCAAGGUAAACGUCUGUUCACCAUGGCUCCGAUGUUCCAUUUAAUGGGGCUUGUCACUCUCUCGGGUGCCAUUUUCCACGAUACACCCGUGGUCUUGAGCCCCGAACGACCGAUUACCCCGGCACUACUUUGUCAAAUCCUAGAGACUGCGCGUCCGGAAGCAGCUCUGCUCACACCAUCGGUCAUGCAAGAGUUGUCCGCUUUCGAAGAAGGUUUGAUGGGCUUACAAAAGUUCGAAGCAAUAAUGUUCGGCGGCGCACCGCUUGCACCGGAGGUCGGCAACAAGUUGAGUGAAAAGGUGGCUCUCGUCUCGGUCAUUGGCUCCAGUGAAGCUGGGUUCAUGCCAGCCUUGAUUUGCACGCACCGUGAAGAUUGGGAAUAUUUUGAGUGGAACCCAUAUAGUCGUAUACACAUGGAGUCCAUUGAUGAUGAAGUGUUUGAGGCUGUCAUACGGAAGGGCGAACAUCAUGAGUUCUCCAGUAUCUUCCAUACCUAUCCUGAUAUCACUGAAUAUCGAACAAAAGAUCUAUACACGCCACACCCAACCAAAUCAGGGCUGUGGAAAUAUCACGGUCGUCUUGACGACGUUAUUGUGCUCAGCAACGGUGAGAAGUUCAACCCGAUCGACAUGGAGAAUAUCGUGGAGUGUCAUUCCUUAGUUUCAAAGGCCGUCGUUAUUGGCCAAGGGCGAUUCCAGUCUGCGUUACUCGUACAGCCAAACUGGGAGCAAUGGAGUGAGGAUCAAGACAAGGAGGACUUUAUCCAGAAAAUAUGGCCUACCGUUGAGAGGGCGAAUGCCAUUGCUCCCGGCCAUGCCCAUGUCUUGCGCACAAAGGUUGCCCUAGCUAAGAAAGAUACACCAUUCGCGCUAACCCCCAAGGGUACAGUCCAGAGAAGACAGAUAUCCGAAGACUACAAAAAUGAAAUUGACGCUUUAUACGCCAACGACGACGAGGAGUGCAUUGAUGGUUUACCACAGAGCACAGACCUUGAAAGUAUCCAGCAAUAUAUCCGCACAGUGGUGUCACAGCUACUUUCUGUUGAGCAAAUCAGUGGUACUAGCGACAUAUUCUCACUGGGUAUGGAUUCGCUCCAAACACUGCAACUGAGCAAGAUCCUGCAAACUGCCGUCCAGCAUCUUUCUGCUGAUCACCACUCUGACCCGAUUACAAGCCAAAAGCUAUACGCUUAUCCGACUCCUGAUAGGCUGUCACAGUAUGUUUAUGGGCUGAUAAAUGGUCAGACCAAGGAGGGCAAUACUGAGGAUGAGGAGGCUUCUAGACCUGGGAGAAUUGCAGGAUUGGUCAAAAAGUACACCGGUGAUUUACCGCAGAGAAAAAUCACAAGUUUCAGCAGGUCAGCAAAGCAUGCAGUUAUUCUGACCGGUUCUACUGGAUCAUUAGGUAACUACAUACUGAAUGAGUUACUCAAUGAUGGAGAGAUCCCCACCAUCUACUGUCUCAAUCGGGCAGAGGAUGCAAGACAAAGACAGAUCGACAGCUUCAAGGAAAAAGGACUUGCAAUUCCGCACGACUUCGAUGAACGGGUUGAGUUCAUACACACCCAGUUUGGAGCUCCAAAACUUGGCUUGCCCGCCGACAAAUAUAACGAACUCACGGAGUGUGUGGAUCUCAUUAUCCACAAUGCAUGGAAGGUCAAUUUCAACCACAGGGCUGAGGCAUUCGAGGAUCCCCAUAUCCGAGGCGUACGUAACCUGGUGGACUUCAGUCUACGAAGUGCCCAUUCGGCACAUAUCCACUUCAUCUCCUCGAUCUCAACCGUGAGUGCGUGGGGCCCUCAGCACGGCCCAUCCGUGCCCGAAAUCCCUCUAGAGGAUCCUGAUGUGGCAUUGCGCCAAGGGUAUGGGGAAUCCAAGUUCGUCGGCGAGCGCAUCUGUGCUCUCGCGUCAGCUAUUGCAGGCGUGCCGACCAGCAUCCAUCGCGUGGGACAGAUCGGUGGUCCAACGAUGGAAAAGGGUCUAUGGAACCGACAGGAAUGGUUACCUUCUCUGGUUGCGACAUCCAAGACAAUCGGAAAAGUACCAAGUACCCUUGGUGCAAUGCCGGUUGAUUGGAUUCCUAUAGAUAUUAUGGCCAAGAUCGUGGUCGAUAUCACGCAGUCCCGACGCGCUACCGAGGACGUCACCAGAACGGCCGCCUUCCACCUCGUCAACCCUCAUGCUGCAAGCUGGGAAUCACUUAUCCCGGCCAUCCAGAAGUAUUAUACCGCUGAGGUUGUCGACAUGAAUGACUGGAUGGCUGCCUUAGAGGGGUUUAGCAAUCCAACGGAUGGUGAUUUACAAGACAUGCCGGCUCUCAAAAUCAUAGAUUUCUAUAGGGGAUUGGCCGGCAAUCAUGGUACUUUUACCAGCAUGAUGGAGAAUGUGAAGACACAGGCAGCUAGUAAGGCAAUGCGUGAUCUCGGGCCGAUUGACGGGGCUAUCAUGGAGAACUGGAUCAAGCAAUGGCAAUUCUGA